ACACGGCAAUGAAGAAUCUGGAGGCGAUGCGAGCGGAUCUGAUGCGCGAUCUGGAGAAGGAACGCGCGCGCGUCGACGCGGUAACGAACGAAUUGGACACGAUCCAAACGAACUUCGAAACGAAAUCCAAGAAUACGGUAGUGAUCGAGACCACACUGCGUGAGAUACGUGAAGAGCGUGAUGAGCUGGUGAAGGAGAAGGAUGACGUCACUCGUCAACUCGGCGAUUUGCGCACGAAGCUAGACGCUGCAACAAAAGAGAAAGACAACGUUAGCAGAGAGGCGCAGAGACAGCAAGAAGAGCUAGAG